AUGGCCGCGAAGAAAAGAUCUGAAAAAAUCGAAACUCUGAGUCUUGGCGAAGUCGAACGAGAAAAACCAGUUAAAUCGACUUUCUUCUCGAAAGUUUUGCUGAAGACGAGACAGGUAUCCCGGAAAUUGGAUUCGCUUGGUGUUGAAGUUCGUGGUAUCCAGAGAAUCCCACCGUAUGAAAGAGGUACUUCGAAACAGUUUCUGAGUGUCGCCGGCCUUUGGCUGAGUGCAGCUGGCGGUCUAUCAUCAAUGUCGUCGUUUUUCCUGGGCCCGUUAUUGUUUGAGUUGACAUUCCACCAGUCUUUGGUCAGUGGUAUUAUCUCAAUGGCAAUCGGGUGUGGAGUGGCAGCUUACUGUUCGACCAUGGGACCACAAUCAGGCUGCAGACAGAUGGUCACAGCACGGUAUCUUUUCGGUUGGUAUUUUGUCAAGUUUGUGGCUUUGGUGUCGAUCAUAGGUGUCAUGGGGUGGAGUAUUGUGAACUGUGUGGUGGGCGGACAAAUGCUGGCGGCGGUUUCUGACGGGAAAAUUCCUGUUUGGGUUGGAAUCGUGAUCGUCACAGUCCUUUCAUUUUUAGUAGCCAUUUUCGGCAUCAAACAAGUUUUAAAAGUGGAAACCUUUUUGUCCGUGCCCGUGCUAACGUGUUUUCUUCUGCUGUACAUCUCCUCCAGCGACAAAUACUAUUUAUUGGACACCUUUAAAAACGACGAUUUAAGUCCGCUCACCGUAAAGGGCAACUGGUUAUCCUUCUUCUCACUUUGCUACAGCAUCACUUCGACUUGGGGCUCGAUCACCGCUGACUAUUAUAUCCUGUUCCCUGAGAACACUGCUUCUCACAAAGUUUUUCUCCUGACGUUUUUCGGCACGCUACUACCCACGACAUUUGUCGGAGUCUUGGGUCUUAUAUUGGCCUCAUGUGCAAUGUCGUAUUCGCCAUGGGCAGCCGCCUACAAGACUUACGGGAUGGGCGGUCUUUUGCUUGCUGGUUUCGAGCGCUGGCAUGGAUUUGGCAAAUUCUGCGUGGUGGUCUUGCUUCUGAGUUUGAUCUCGAAUAAUAUCAUCAACACAUACUCGGCCGCCUUUUCGCUGCAGCUUUCCAGCAUCCACAUGGCCCGGGUCCCACGUUGGAUCUGGGCUAUAGCAUGCACAAUUUUUUACCUGAUUUGUGCUUUGGCGGGCAGAAAUCAUUUUAGCGAUAUACUGGGCAAUUUUUUGCCAAUGGUCGGCUACUGGAUCAGCAUAUACUUCAUCAUCCUGCUGGAGGAAAACGUCAUUUUCCGGGCUCAUUUCUUGGAUCUAUAUACCAAGGAGUUCCCACCACAUCGUCAAGAUCCAGAAGAUGACACCAACGGUAGUGGAAGUGGUGGUCGUAGUGGUGCGUCGCCCCAGAUAAACCUACGGGACCUCAAGGCCAAGAGAUCACUAUACACGAACACAAAAACGAACAGCUGUAUUCGAUACAACUGGGACAUGUGGAACAACCAGGAUGUUUUGACGCAUGGGUACGCUGCCACAUUUUCGUUUUUGGUCGGUGUUGUAGGUGUUGUGCUUGGGAUGGCCCAGGCUUAUUGGAUUGGUCCCAUUGCACGGAAAAUCGGCGAUUACGGCGGCGACUUGGGUAUGUGGCUAAGUAUGGGAUUUUCCGGCAUCGUAUACCCUGGUUUGAGAUAUCUCGAGCUACGCAAAUACGGUCGUUGA